UUUGUCUCCUUUUUCCAGAGGAAUGUUGGGUCCUCACAAUUCAAAACAAUUGAAGAUGACUUGGUGUCUGCCCUCGUCCGGUCAGGCUGUAUUCCUGAAAAUCAUGGCGAGGACAUGAGGAAAAUGUCCUUCCAGCGCUGUGCCCGGACAGACAAGGGUGUGUCCGCAGCCGGCCAGGUGGUAUCCCUGAAGGUGUGGCUGAUUGACGACAUUCUAGAAAAGAUCAACAGCCACCUUCCCUCUCACAUUCGGAUCCUGGGACUGAAGCGGGUCACAGGCGGGUUUAACUCCAAGAACAGAUGUGAUGCCAGGACCUACUGCUACCUGCUGCCCACGUUUGCCUUUGCGCACAAGGACCGGGACGUGCAGGAUGAGACCUACCGCCUGAGCGCCGAGACACUGCAGCAGGUCAACAGGCUCCUGGCCUGCUACAAGGGCACGCACAACUUCCACAAUUUCACCUCGCAGAAGGGGCCACAGGAGCCCAGCGCCCGCCGCUACAUCCUGGAGAUGUACUGCGAGGAACCCUUUGUGCGGGAGGGCCUGGAGUUCGCAGUGAUCAGGGUGAAGGGCCAGAGCUUCAUGAUGCAUCAGAUCCGGAAGAUGGUUGGCCUGGUGGUGGCCAUUGUGAAGGGUUAUGCCCCUGAGAGUGUGCUGGAACGCAGCUGGGGCACAGAGAAGGUGGACGUGCCCAAGGCGCCGGGACUUGGCCUGGUCCUGGAGCGGGUGCACUUCGAGAAGUACAACCAGCGCUUUGGCAAUGAUGGGCUGCAUGAGCCGCUGGACUGGGUGCAGGAGGAGGGCAAGGUCGCAGCCUUCAAGGAGGAGCACAUCUACCCCACCAUCAUCGGCACUGAGCGAGAUGAACGCUCCAUGGCCCAGUGGCUGAGCACCCUGCCCGUCCACAACUUCAGUGCCACCGCUCUCACGGCAGCUGGCACAGGCGCCAAGGUGCCCAGUCCCCUGGGAGGCAGCGAAGGGGAUGGAGACACCGACUGAGGCGGUGGGAGCUGCCCACCAGAGUGCCUCUGAGCAGCUCACAGUGUGUGCCCAGGCGUGCCAUCCCUGUGGGCAGCAAGAAGCUGGGAUCGCUGCAGCCAUGUUUUCCCAGCCAU